AUGUCUGCCCUGCUUCAAUUCAAGGACAGCAUCAUCAUUGAUGAGUCCGCUUCCAAUGAACCCCGUGCCUAUCCGAAGACGAAGUCCUGGAAACUUGACGGUACUAAUGGUUCCUCACCGUCAAAAUGCUGCUCCUGGGAUGGUGUUGAAUGCAGUGACAACACCGGCCUUGUAAUUGCACUCGACCUCAGCAGCAGCUAUCUAUAUGGCUCGAUUGACUCGAGCAGUAGCCUUUUCAGGCUAUCCCAUCUUCGUAGAAUCGACCUUUCAGAUAAUGACUUCAAUCAGUCCCGGAUCCCAUCUGAGUUCAGCCUCCUUUCAGGUUUGACCCAUCUCAAUCUUUCUGAUUCAGCUUUCUCAGGCCAAAUCCCACUGGAAAUCGCCAAACUUACGGGCCUAGUUUCACUUGAUCUGAGUUGUAACCCAGAUUCGGACACUCGUAAACAAGAUCUUGAACUCCCAAACCCUGGUUUAAGCACUCUUGUCCAGAGCCUGACCAACCUCGAAGUUCUCAGUCUCAGUUCUGUGGAUAUAUCGUCUGAAGUGCCCGAGAGUAUAACGAGCUUGUCUUCUUUGAGAUCAUUGUUCCUGGACCCCAGUGGAAUUCAUGGUGUUUUUCCAGCUGCUGUUUUCCAAUUGCCCAAGUUGCAGCACAUCAAUUUGGCACAUAACAGUGAUCUCAAAGGGCAAUUGCCCUAUUUUAACUCGACCAGCCUGCUUCAGAGACUAUGGCUAUCUUGGACGAGCUUUUCUGGGGAGUUACCCGCUUCACUUGGCAAUCUUCGAUCAUUGAAAGACUUAAGAUUAGACAAUGCCCAAUUCACUGGACCAUUACCAAAUUCCAUUGGAAACCUUCAUUCCCUGAACUUCCUAGAUAUAUCAUUCUGCAACUUCCUGGGACCUAUCCCGAAUUCCUUUGGCAGCCUUACCAAGUUGACCUACUUAGAUAUCGGGCACAGCCAAUUCAUUGGGCAAUUACCGAAUUCCGUGGAAAACCUGCAUUCCUUGAAUCACCUAGAUAUAUAUAACUGUAACUUCUCAGGAUCGAUCCCAUCUUCCUUUAGUAACCUUACCGAGAUCACCUAUUUGGAUGUCAGAGAAAACCAGUUCACACCUCGAGCACUUGGUUCGUUGUCCUGGCUCUGGAAGAUGACUAAGCUCAACACUUGGGACCUCAAUGACAUGAGUAUAUCAGGUGAAAUCCCGGCUACAGUUGGAAAUUUGUCCCAGCUUGCUUCACUGCAAUUGGAUGGUAACCAGCUCAAGGGUCAAAUCCCACCUUCGAUCGGGAAUCUGAACAAGCUUUUUUCUCUAGGAUUGAACCGGAAUGAGCUAGAGGGACACAUUCCCCUGCAGCUAAUGAACUUCACUCAACUUACAGAACUAUUUCUCGGGUUCAAUCAAAUGUCCGGUUUUAUCCCAUCUUACCUGAUGAAUUUUACUCAAAUGACUCAUCUUGACCUCUCAAACAAUAAAUUUGAGGGUACGAUACCAUCGUCAAUAUCCCAGCUCCAGAAUCUCAUACUCCUUCGGCUUUCCAGGAACAACUUGAGUGGAGCUGUUGAGCUUGACACCUUUCUUCAGUUCAAAGAGUUGGGGUUCCUAGAGCUGUCAUGGAACAAACUGACGUGCCUUCCCGCAACAAAGAGAAAUCUCUCUCUCCCUUCAUUUGACUAUCUCGAGUUGGCUUCGUGCAAUUUGAACGAGUUCCCGAGCUUCCUAGAAGAUCAAGAGUAUACUCGAUUUCACCAGAAUUUGGCGGUCCUUCCGCAGAACUAUGUGUAUACUCUAGAUCUGACAUCAAACUUGUUGCAAGGACAAGUCCCGGUUCCAUCUGCUUCGAUUCACUCAUAUCUACUCUCCAACAACUCACUGACAGGGAAACUACCGUCAUUGAUCUGCAAUUUGAGUUCUCUGGUCAUCCUAGAUUUGUCUUUUAACUUCCUGGGCAAUACCAGUGAUACUCUGUCAGUAUUAAAUCUUCAAAGCAACAGAUUUAGUGGAACCAUUCCUCAGUUCAUCAGUAGUGGGACUCAACUGAAGAUGAUCAGCUUAAGCCAGAAUAAUUUUGGAGGAAAGCUGCCGAGGUCAUUGGCCAAUUGUUCAAGGCUAGAGUUCAUCGACUUUGCAGAUAAUCAGAUGAAUGAUACAUUCCCGUCUUGGUUAGGAUCUCUUCCAGAGUUACGGGUUCUCAUCUUGCGAUCAAAUCAGUUGCAUGGUGCCAUAGGGAAGCCUAACUCUAAUUUCUCGUUCCAAAACUUGCGCAUAAUUGACCUGUCUCGAAAUUCAUUUUCAGGGAAUUUGCCUCUCGGGUACUUCCAACAUUGGAACUCCAUGAAAGUUGUUGAUAAUAUAACUGGAGGAAUGUCGUACAUGCAGGAGAGCUUCUUACCCUCGAUUCAUAGAGAUACUUCCUACUACAACUACACCAUGACGAUCAUCAAUAAGGGCCUUGAACUUUACUAUGCCAAGAUAUCAGAUGUCUUCACAGCCAUUGAUCUUUCUGGGAACUUGUUCACUGGAGACAUCCCGGAAGUCAUCGGGGAGCUGAAGGAGCUUCAUUUGCUGAACCUUUCCAACAAUUUCCUCACUGGUCAAAUACCAGCAUCUCUGGGAAACCUUGGGGCUCUUGAAUCCUUGGAUUUGUCUCGUAACAGGCUUUCAGGGGAGAUUCCUCAGGAACUGAGCAGGCUCAACUUUCUCUCUGUUUUUAAUGUGUCAUAUAACAAUCUCACAGGGCCCAUACCGAGAGGGGAACAAUUCGAGACAUUCCCAAAUAGCUCGUUCCAAGGGAACAAGGGACUGUGCGGAAUUGAUCUAUCAAGGAAAUGUGCAGAAUCAAAGAUGGAGCCGACAGGACCUCCAACUUCAGAAGCCGACAGGACCUCCAACUUCAGAAGAGGGUGAACACUCGGGCUCAUGGUACAAGUUUG